UAAUAUGUGUCUACACAUAUUAUAAAGUAAUAUAAUAAUAUUUAAAAUCUAUUAGGUGAUUUCUGUUGGGAGUAUGUUUUUACGUUAGUAGUAUUUUUCAGUUUCUAAUCAGUCGUAGGAAGAAAACAACCGACACACAUAUCUAUUUAAAAGUACAUACCUACUUUAAAAACAAUUAAGCAUAAAGAAUAUCGCCAUGAAUACAAGAAUACACUUCGUAAUUGCAUUGCUGUUUCUAAUGCAUUUUUCAGCAACCAAGUUGCUCAUUGCCCAUAAUGGUAUUGAACGGAUAACGAAUUUCUUAUCUAGAUAGGAUGAAAAGAUAAUUUAAAAUAUAUUGAUUUAGAUAAUUUAUUAGGAUUAAUAAGAUAUCACAAUAAUAAUUGGGCUAAAACAAUAAAGAAUAACUAAACAUAAUAAAACGCCUGUUAUUCUGUUGUACACUUGCCUACGAUUGACCACGUGAAACAUUCAUCCUGGACCAUACAUGGCAGGGAGGAAGUGAAGAAUUCCUUCUAUUGUUAAAUGAGUUCGAAACGUUUGAAAAAAAUAAGAUCCAUUUCGACGAGGACGAUGUGAGACGAUUAAGAGGAGAUGAUACACCCGGGUCACAAAGUCCAGUCGACAACGAACAGCUGCAUAAUAUGGCCUUGCUUAAGUAUAAAAAAAAAUGUGACGCGCUAAAAUGCGUCAACAGUAUGAUCUUGCUGUACGUUUUACACGGUGUCAAAAACGCGAUGGUAAAUCACGAGACAAUAGAAAAUUAUCACGUUCUCAGAAGCUACAAGACCUAUGUAGCUCGCAUGCUGUCCGUGCUGUACUAUUUCCGUUUAUCCGCUACCAGUUCGGACGUGAUGGCGUACAUUCAGCUGAUCGUCGCGGUAAACAUGGCAGCCUAUAGACAGUCCAUCAGCGAUGAAUUUUUCGACAACAAGGCUAUCCACGAUUAUUUCGGUCACUGUCAAGUGUCUGAACUGCUGACAAGAUUUCAGAGCAAAUACGUUACGAACGAGUAUUACUUCCAAAGAAGCACGAUCAUCGACGAACUCGUGAAACAGUUUUACGAUAACGACCAACUGCAAGAGGCCUACAAGUAUGAACAUUUGUUUACGCCGGAAAAUAUGACACUCUCGCGCUUGUUUGAAAAACAACACGUGCUCUUUGAAAAAAACAAUCUGGUGAACUUCAGCUUGGCCGGCAUGCAAACGUCGUUGAAUACAUAUGCAGCCGAACUCAGUCGUUUGUAUUACACUCAUCAAUGGCCGUUUAACGUGACGAAAUACAUGCAUUUCUAUUCAGUGGUCCUACAAAUUGCAUACACUACUGUUCUGUAUCAUGCGUGGUUGCAUAUCAAAUUAAUGCAGUUUACAAUCCUUGAUUGUCUCGCAGGCAAAGUUUCCACUUCGACCGGAUGCGAUUAUUUGGACACAUACUCGUCUCUUAUUGCUGAUCCGUUGGAGAAAGCAGUGGACUUAUUGGUUAUUGACGAAAAUAAUUUAAUUUUACCAAUGAUGCAUUUGUUAGAGCUUGGGAUAGUUGGCCAACAAUUGAAUUACUUUGAGCUAAAAUUGAGACGAGUCCUACUAUUUUGUUUAAAGACAAUACACGUAGACAAUGCCGAUACAAUUGAUAUUACCCUAAAAAGAUUAAAAAAUCUGAAAAAGGAAAAAUUCAUCCAAUUAAUUGAAGAAAACUCUGAAGCGUUAAACAAAUAUGUUAGCGAUAUUACAAUCGCAAUACAACCAAUCGAUAAUUUCUUUUUUUUGAAAUUUAUUUCCGAAAAUGUUUUUGCAGAAAACAGUUUUAGGUUAUAUGAUAGUAUAAAGUAUACAUUAUAGAUAUUUAAUCUUAAAUGAUACGAUCAUUUUUUUAUUCGGAAUACGUUUCUACUAUGAAUGUAUUCUAAAGAUAGUUUGUUUUUAUUUUUUGUUUAUUUCAAUACCUUAAAAAAAUGCCGGUGAAUUUACAAUUGUAAUGUGUAAUUUUACAAUCUUUAUAUUAUAAUAAAAAUCUAUAAAAUAUUCAUUACUCAUAAAAAUAUUUUA